AACAGGCAGGCGAUAGCGACGAUAUGUCUUUUCAGGAGUCACCCCGCGCCGCUGAAGAGGAGGAGACUUUCUACGUGCACUGCAGAGCUGCCUAUUUAGCAGUGUUCAGGUCGAGUUUGGCCAACAUCUCCUCCAAACAGCAGCUGUGUCGCGUUCUCCAACAGGCUGGAAGAAAUCCAUCCCAUGCUACCCUCAAUAAAUACUGGACAAAUAGAACAGCUAAACUGAACUUUGAUGAUUUUUGUGAGAUUCUCAAAUGUGAGAAGAAAACUGAGGAAAUUGAUUUGAUGAGAGCUUUCAAAAAGAUGGAUGUUAAUGGUGAUGGCUACAUCUCCCACAGUGAACUGGAAAUGGCCUUAACCACUAGAGGAGAGAAGAUGACCAAUGAGGAGAUGAAUGCCAUUUUCUCGUUAGCUGAUGUUAACAAAGAUGGCAAACUGGACUAUGCAGAGUUCUGCAGAUUGCUUGUGUCUACAGUGGAGCAGUGUCAAAUGGCUGCUUUGGAGAGGCUUGAGGCUGAUGCCAAGCAAAAGAGACAGAACUUUGGCAGUCAAUCAUACAGCCCUCCAAAGAGCUCCGGAUCGUCAGCAUCUGCUGCAGCAGCACAAGUGACAGCAGCUCAGCAUGCGGAGCCCGAUGCAACAUUCAAGAAAGAUAGCCGAUCAUCUUCCCGUCCCUCAUCUGCUCGCAGCAGACGCUCGUCUCUCUCAAACUCGGUCACAGUGACAUCCAGCAGCGCGAAGGCCGGCAAAAUCCCAGAGCCUCUCCGUUUGCAGGAGUGGAACCACAGUUAUGUGAAAGGAUGCUUCUUCUUAGAAGACGACGGGAGCAUCAGUUCUCUGCAGUACCAACUCCACCUCCCUCAGAAAAGCAGCGUCUACUUAACUAUCCAGCCACUCAGCCUCAGCAACAGACCCGACAAACCCUCAUCAUGGAUGUCAGUGGACACAGCACUCUUUGUAAUGAUGGCUGGUGGAACCAAAGAAGACUCAACUUUAGUGUGUUUCACAGAGUCAAAUGACAAAGAGAAGUGUGUUUGGAAAGGAGAACUAAAUGCUGGGACGUACAACCUGCUUCCCUUCACCAGCGGCUGUAGGUUAAAGAAAAGGAACAAAAAGAGCCCAUCCAGUAAACCUGUGGAUUUGAUCCAUAGGAGUGACACUGGAGAAAUCGACCUCACCAGGGAGCUCAGGGAGGUGCUCUCUGACAUCUUUGAAGUGAUAGAUCUGGAUGAUAAUGGUUUACUCAGCUUGGAGGAAUACAAUUUCUUUGAGCUGAGAACCAGUGGAGAAAAGUGUGACAAAGAUGCCUGGGCCAUCUGUAAAGAAAACUUCGAUAUGAGAAAGAAUCAGCUGACGAAACAGGGGUUCAUGGAACUGAACCUGAUGGAGGCUACAGAGAAAGAUGGAGACCCAGCAGACCUGUGGGUCACUCUGGAAGCCAUGGGCUACAACCGCAUGCUUGAGCUAGUGGAGGCUUGUCCAUUCCAGAUUGAUGUGCACUGUGAGAGCACUCAGUUGUCUAUCCAGCCACUCAGUUUAGACUUGGGGCCAAAGCUUUUGAACCAGGCCAUCCAGAAAUCCAUCACAAGUAGGACAGGUGCCAAAGCACUGAGAGGCCAUGACAAUGUUUUCAUCUACACCUUCAAAGGAGAGAACAGGAUCUCUUCACUCAUAGCCAACAAGAGUAACCAGAAAGUUACGGUUCAUGUAAACAAUGAGCAGAGCAGGAACUGCUGCAGCAGCCGAGGCAUGACUGUGUUUGCUGUAGAAGUGCCAGCUAGGACCAAGAUGGUGUGCCAACAUGUGCUACCCAUUUGUGAAAAGCAGGACUGGACGUACAACUGUGUGGAGACCAUACUGUCCAGCACAUGAAGCUGUAUGCUCACAGCAAACAAUCUGUUCAUUUUUUCAGAAACAAAUGGGUCGUUUUCUUUCCAAUAGCUUUUAUUUUAAUUAUAUUUUCAUUUGGAAAUGGACCAUUUUCAUGUACAGAAUCUGCAGCCAUUGUCAUUAUGGCUGUAAAAAGUCCACCUGAUUUUGUCCAUGUUUCCCUAGCAGGAUUUUCUUUUAGGGACAAAUUGUACCAGUUAUGAACAAUCACAAAGAGAAACCAAGAAUUUUUUUGGAUGUUUUUGUCUAUGAUUGAUCAUGUGAAGUGCCCUCGAAUGAGUUUUGUCACCUGCCAUGAACCUCACUGCACAGUGAGGUUUAUUAGAGUGGUCCGAUUCUUGAUAAAUGAAACUGAAAUUACUUUAAACUGACAUUUUUAUUAUGCAUUUAAAUGUGAAAAGAUGUCUUGUGGUUGUUUUAA